AUGCAACAAGCGCUGCAGGUGGCACACGCGUGGCAGAUGUUACACUCCAAGAACCCAGCGAUUGUGGCAGUGGCGAAGGCCCAGGUGUGUCAGAUUGCUCGCAAACGCUACCGCCUGAUUAAAUACCACUGGACGGGUCGAGGCGACGAGCUCAUACGUUAUUUCUUGAAUUCCGAGUUUGCGUCGCCUUCCCACGCCACUGCACAUCGCAGAUCGGGGAAUGUCGCGUCACUUUGGGUGGACGUACAGCGGGUGCUUAAAGUUCACCAUCUUACUUUUCAUGAUCGCGCGGAUGAGUCUUGUCAGGAUCCGUUUUCUCUUCGCGUGCCGCACCAUACUCACUGGCUUUACCACAAGUCGGUGUUGCGGCACGUAUAG